AUGGCUACGGCUUCCGAGCCACAGUCGAUCUCUACCAGUAGCAGAAACACUACUGCCGCAAGGCUAACAACAACUACUUCAAGGCCACAGACUGGCAGCAGGUCGCGCCCCAGGACUGCGGCAACCUCCACCAGCUACAGUGACAAUGAAAUCAUCUGUGCAAUCAGCGAAUCGCGCGGUGUAUCUCCUACCAUUGGCCUCUCCUUUGUCAACGUUUCCACUUCUGAAGCUGUCCUUUGCCAAUUUACCGACACUCAAACCUAUGCUCGUACAUGCCACAAAAUCAAAGUCUUUGCUCCCUCUGAAAUCAUCUACAUGAAGACUGCCAACGACUCGAACCUAAUUUCGAUUGUUGCCGAAAACCUCGAGGUGCAAAGGACUAAUAUUGCCAUGAACGGGAUCGAGCGUAAAUACUGGUCUGAAACCAACGGUCACGAUUAUGUCCAUUAUCUGGCCUUUCCCGACGAUCUGGAAUCGUUGAAGUUGUCUGUCGCAGGAAAUUACUUUGCAACAUGCUGUUUUUCGGCAGCUUUGAAAUACAUCAAUCUGACCAUGGAGUUGACAUUCGCUCCGCAAACACUGCGGAUUAGGUUCGAGCCUUCGGAAGGGUCGACAAUGAUAGAUCUCUCCACAAUGGCUUCCCUUGAACUGAUCCAGAAUCUCCAGAACGGCAAGUCUCGAGACUGUCUCUUCGGGUUGUUGAACCAGACUUUGACGCCAAUGGGCGCUCGUUUCCUUCGGAGCAACGUUCUCCAACCAUCAACAGAUGCAGAAAAGAUCAGAAAGAGACAGCAAGCUCUCAGCGAACUUACAUCCAAGGAAGACAUGUUCUUUACAGUCCGAUCCGCACUCAAAUCCUUUAUUGACGCCGAUCGUGUGCUCGCCGCGCUUGUCAUCAUUUCAACAAGGCAAGAUUUUCAUUUCAUGGAACAAUCGAUCAGCAAUGUUCUCAUGCUCAAGAUGCUUGUGGAUGGCGUCAAGCCAAUCUGGCAGGCUCUUGCUGGGGCAAGCAGCGAAGAGCUGCAGAUGAUACGUCAACUUUGCGAUCAAGAGAAUUACAUGGAAGUGGAGAGUUUGCUCGGACGUUGUCUCAAUGCUGACGUCCGGUAUUCAUCUAAACCACUCGAGCUACGAAACCAGAGGGUUUAUGGCAUUCAGGCCGGAGUCAAUAGUUUCCUGGACGUCGCGCGUCAGGCAUACAAGGAGCUCAACGCAGAUGUCAACGAUAUGUUCAAUAAGCUCAAAGAAGAGGGUGAAAUUGCCAUCGAACUCAAAUACGAUUCCAACAGACAAUACUACCUCCGUUUCCCAGCUAGCGAGAUUGAAGACAAAUCUAUCCCCGAAACAUUCAUCAAUACCUACAAAAAGAACAAAUAUAUCGAAUGCCAGACAUUAGAUCUCAUCAAGAUGAACCAGAAGCUCAAGGACGCCCACAAUGAAGUAAUCUGCCUAUCCGACGCCACCGUGCAAGAGCUCAUCGACCAAGUGCGCAGCACCAUUCACCCACUCUUCAAGAUCAGCGAGUCCGUCGCCAUGCUCGACAUGCUCGCGGGUUUCGCUCAACUCGUCACGACAUCCACCAACGAGUAUGUCCGGCCCGAGAUCCACUUAGACUCCUUGAUGAUCAAGUCCGGCCGACAUCCCAUCCGCGAAAAGGUGCAGCACCAGCACGACAGAUUUGUACCAAACGACGUAUACGCCACACCACAAAACCGCUUCCACGUCAUCACUGGAUGCAACAUGAGCGGGAAGUCGACCUACAUCCGCUCUGUUGCACUGAUGGCCAUAAUGGCACAGAUCGGCUGCUUUGUGCCGGCCGAGUAUGCCUCCUUCCCUAUUUCGCACGAAAUCUUUGCCCGCAUCGCCACAGACGACAACAUCGAAGCAAACGUUUCCACAUUUGCUUCUGAGAUGCGUGAAAUGGCAUUCAUAUUGCGCAACAUGUCUCCGCGGAGCCUGGUCAUCGUUGACGAGUUGGGGCGCGGCACCAGCACGGCAGAUGGAUUGGCGAUUGCGAUCGCCAUUGCCGAAGCACUGAUUGAGUCCAAGGCCUAUGUCUGGUUCGUGACACACUUUCGCGAUUUGCCGCGCAUACUGGCCAAUCGCGCUGGCGUCGCAAAUCUGCACUUAUCAGUGGACAUCAGCGAAGAUUACUCGAAGAUGACCAUGCGGUACAAGAUUGCAGACGGGUACGAGGAGGAAAAGUUCUACGGCUUGGCUCUUGCGAGGGCGAUCGGGCUGCCUGACGACGUAGUCGAGGUGGGUACGCGUGUCUCCAAGGCUUUGCAUGAGCGCAACGAAGCGAGGAAGAGAAAUCCUCGAGCCACGGCGGUGGCCAGAAAAAGGAAGUUGAUCCUGAAUGUCAGAGAGCAAUUGAGCCACGCGAGGGAGAGUGCAGCUACAAGCGAAGUCGGUGCGGAGGCCUUGAGAGAUUGGCUAAGGCGCUUGCAGCUGGAGUUUACAGUGAGGAUGAGGGCGAUUGACGCGGAUGCUGAGGCAGCGGUGGGUGCAGAUUGA